AUGACAGCUGCAAGGCUGGCAAAAUCAGUACGGAGCGGCGUACUCCGGCGCAUAUCGUCUCGUCAACUCAGUCAUACUCGGAUGCUGGCAUCGCCUCGCCUAGAGGCUGAGCUGACGGCUCCAAACGGGACAAGGUGGACUCAGCCCCUGGGACUGUUCAUCGACAACCAGUUCAAAGAGAGUGUUGGGGGAGAUGUGAUUACGACGAGUGAUCCAUUCACCGAGCGAGACUUAUGUUCCGUAUUCGCAGCCGGAGAGCCAGAUGUAGACAAUGCGGUUCGAGCCGCUCGCAAAGCCCUCAAGCAGUCCUCAUGGUCGCUGCUGUCCGGCAUCGAACGCGGUCACCUCAUGAAUCGACUGGCAGACUUGGUCGAUGAACACAGUGAAACACUUGCCGUCAUCGAGACACUCGACAAUGGCAAGCCGCUGUCAGUAUCCCGCAGCUACGACGUGCCGCAUUUCUCAGAAGUGCUUCGGUACUACGCUGGAUGGGCGGAUAAAAACCACGGGUCGGCCAUUGACAUGGGCCCAAAGAAGAUGGCCUACACGGUGAAGCAGCCCGUCGGUGUCUGUGGCCAGAUCAUCCCAUGGAACUAUCCUCUCGAUAUGGCGGCGUGGAAACUUGGUCCGGCUUUGUCGUGCGGGAACACAGUCGUGCUGAAACUGGCAGAGCAGACGCCCCUGUCGAUGCUGUACGUGGCACAGCUUGUUCGCGAGGCUGGGUUCCCGCCUGGAGUCAUCAACAUUAUCAAUGGACGUGGUGAAGAGGCUGGCGCAGCUCUUGCGCGGCAUCCAGGGGUCGACAAGAUCGCCUUCACUGGAAGUACGGCAACGGGCAAGGAGGUGAUGCGCACGGCAGCUGCGACGCUAAAGGCCGUCACGCUCGAGACUGGGGGAAAGUCGCCGCUUAUUGUCUUUGAUGACGCGAAUCUGGAGCAGGCAGUGAGAUGGGCACAUGAGGGGGUCAUGGCGAAUCAGGGGCAAGUAUGUACGGCAACGUCGCGGCUGUUGGUGCAAGACGGCAUCUACGACCGUUUCGUGGAGAGACUCGAGGCUUUUACUGAAGAAACAUCGAUCAUGGGUGACCCGUUCGAUCCUCGGACGUACCAGGGGCCGCAAGUCGGCAGAGCGCAGGCAGAGCGCAUCAUGUCCUAUGUCUCAUCGGCACGAGCUGCUGGCGCCGGUGUCUUUCACCCGCGCGGACAAUCUGUGCCAUCCACGGGAUACUUUGCUCCGCCGACCAUUCUGACGAACGUUGGCAUCAACACAGCGGCGUUCCAAGAGGAGGUAUUCGGACCAGUAGCAGCUAUUGCACGAUUCAGCACCGAGGAAGAAGCCGUCGAGAUUGCCAACGCGACGAGAUACGGGCUCGCGGGCGCGGUGUUCACAAGGGAUCUUGGAAGAGCACAUCGAGUGGCAAGAGACCUUGAGGCCGGCAUGGUAUGGGUGAACAGCAGCAAUGACUCGGAUGUGAGAGUUCCGUUUGGAGGGGUGAAGGAGAGCGGGUUGGGGAGAGAGCUUGGCGAGGAUGGGCUGAGGGGGUAUUAUACUGUGAAGGCAGUGCAUGUAAACUUGACGGUUGAUUGA